AUGUUUGAACGGAUAGUGGCGGAGCGGUGGGGGAAGGGGAUCACGUUUCCUUCAUGUCUCUGUGUCUCUGUCUUUCAGUCCAGCAUCGUGGUGGAGGUUCCUCCUUACAAUAAGAAGACCACGGAUCCGGUUCAAGUCCAGUUUUACGUCUCAAACGGGAGGAAAAGAAGAAGUCUAACACAGAACUUCACCUACCUGCCUGCAGUCCGACGUCACCUCCCUGCUGAGGUCAAACAGGAGCGCUGGGAGGCGGACCACAAUCCACCUGGCUUCAGUCCGGCCUCCUGCCAGGUGCCCUCCCAUGACCAAGUACUCGGCCCAGACGUGGUUUAUUAUGAUUCCUGUGACGUCCCGGUGCAUCGCGGUCCUCCUUCCCAGAACGUGCCUCGUCUUCAUCACCCCCCUCCCUCCUCUGUCCCCCUGCAGACCCCCUCAAUGUUUCUUCCCACGUCCUCAAUCCCUCUUCACACCUCCGCCUCGCAGACCUCCUCUGUCCCCCAUCAGAUCUUGAUUCCUCUUCAGGCCUCUUCUGUCCCCCAUCAGACCUUCACCAUCCCGCCUCAGACCUCCUCCCUCCCUCCCCAGACCGCCUCAGUCUCUCCACAGAUCUCUCCUCAAAUCUCCGCGAUGCCUCCCCAGGCUUCUUCGGCGCCCCUUCAGACCUUCACCGUCCCCCUUUCCACAUCCUCUGGUGGACCUCAGAGGGAACACUUUCCAUCUCAGAGUUCCUCAAGAGCCUUUGUGACCCCUGCUGACCCCCAGAAGGACACUCUGCUCUCUAGCCCAGGAGAGGCGCAGAGCAUCAAGCAGGAGCCUGAAGACCGGCCAAAUCUGGGAUCCCUGGGCCUCCAGGAGAUCACUCUGGAUGAUGUGAAUGAAAUUAUCGACCGAGACAUCUGCAGCCUGAGCAGCGGCGCCCAGCCCGACCAGUUUGAACAGUAUCAGCGGUACGACUGGGAGCACAAGUCCGGCGACGCUGCCUCGCCGUUCAGCGGAGACCCUCAGUAGCUCCUCAGGAGACGGCCGCAGCGCUUCUUCUUCUUCUGCUGCUGCUGGACAAAACCAACCCGACGGUCACGUUUGCACCAAACUGAUCUUCAAAGUGCCUGAACACCAACCAGCCGCCACUGGCGAGUCCGCGGCCUCGUCUCAUCAGGGUCAGAGAACGGUUUCCUCGUCAGUCUCAGGAAUUUUUUUCCACUGACAAACCAAAGAUUUUGUAGCUUUUCACGAGCGAAUUGGAAGAAAAUCCAACAAAAAGGGCUGUGAUUAAAGACUUUAAUGUCACGCAGUCACAACAAUCAUCACAGACGCUGAAGUCACACAACUGUGAGAACAUCCUGUCGUUAUCUGUUGGCCAAUUAAUUAAGAAAUCUAUUUUUGAUACUCUGGAUCUGGUCCAGUAAAAAACCAAAGUCCUUCAGCUGAUCAUUUACAUUUUUAUAGCUUUCACUCUGUACGGUUUACAUUUCCUACGCCGACUUUCAUAAAUGCUGUUCGACCUGAGCUCUUCUUGGUGUGAAGCUUAAGACACUGAAUGGUAGAAAUGUAUCGUGAAGUAAAAAGAAAGGAAAACAUUG